UAGCAUUGCGAUCGUCACCGGUUUUCCUCUGUCGUUUGGUCCAUUCCACAAUAGACACUUUUAAUAAUUAAUAUAUUUAAGAAACGUUUGUUUUUAGUCCAAUAUCUAAAGAUUGUUUCCCGCGUGUGUUUUCCUAUUGAAAUUUAACACUACCAUGUCCAAAAUGAACUCGAAGGAUAAGGAUAAUAAAAAUUUUCACGACAAAUUGAAGCAAUUUUUUCGGAUAAGCAAAGGAAAUUAUAAAAAUCGUGAAGAUUUUACUUUGACUCACGACAUCGAAAAAGAAAUCAGUCCCGAUAGUCCGGUGCAUCAUCGAACAAAAGCGAUAAAAGACCUUUGUGACGCAGUGCUCAAUCAACAAUGGGAAGAUAGAGCAGCAGAACGUUUGUGGAACUUGGUUCAAGACUUGCUAGGAAAAGAUGUGCCUCGUGAACACAGACACUUAACACUUAAUUUUUUAAAAUGUCUUGUACAAGGACAGUAUUCUAAGUUGUCAUCUUUGAUGCGAGUAAAGUUUUUCAUGGUAGUUAAGGACUAUGAUAUACCAGAAGACAUUGGUCCAAGAUUAGAACUGUUACAAACGUUAACAGAACAUGGAAAAGAUAUUCUUCACUUGGAAGAGAAAAUGGGUCCAUUUCUGUUAGAAUGGAUGCCCACAGUAACAGCAGGAGAUGGAAAGAGAGGAGCUGAAUUCUUGUCUCUUCUCGUUAAUGUUAUCAAAUUUAACUCAGCCUACAUCGACGAGGAUAUUGUAUCCGGUCUUGUUCAGUAUAUUUCCCAUUUGUGUUAUUGUAGCAAUAAUACUGAAAUUGUUUCCGGAUGCUUGGAAGCACUUGAUGCAAUCAUGUGUUACAGUAAUUUGCAGUCUGAUUCAUUACAAACAUUUAUUAUAGCUUUAUGUAGAAGUGUCAAUGUUGAGACUUAUUGUCAAACAAGUUGGAAGAUCAUGCGAAAUUUGUUGGGAACUCACAUGGGUCAUUGCGCUUUGAAUACAAUGUGUCGACUGUUACAAGAUUCAAAUUUUCAACGUGACGCUUGUUUACUUCGAGGUGCUGUGUUUUAUAUAAACAUGGGUCUGUGGGGUACGCACAGAAUUCCGAAACUAGAAUGCACACCAACGUCUGUUUUGCCAUCAUUUUAUCAAGCUUUGCAAUGCAAUCAUCCAAUUGUUAUGUACGAAGUUACUUUAUCUAUACAAAGAUUGGUUAAUAAAUAUGGCAACGAGUUAUGGAACUUCACCUGGAGCAUCAUUCUUGACAUUAUAGAAGAAAUCAUUGUUCAUAUUGAAACCAGUAAUCAGCCAGCAACGAAACAAGUUUCCACGAGUCUGCACGAAACAAUUACCAAUAUUGAAAGUCUACUUGAUGCAAACAAUUAUAAUGGUUCUGUUCAAAGAUUCUACGAUCUCGUGGAACGUUGCAGCGAUUCUCGACCCGAAGCGUCUGUAAUAAAAUUAAUCGAGUAUCGCGCUUCUACGAUAGGUCCCACAUUUAAUCAGUGGCAAGUCAAAUUAGGUUCUCUGAUGGAACGUUAUUACAAAAUCGAGACUCGUACAACUAUCAGAAUGAAAGUUCUCGAUAUUUUAACCAAUGUUAUUCGUGUUAAUAGGCCCAGGUUUGAAGAUGAGCUUAUUGAGCGAAUAGUCGUACCGUAUAUGCUACAUGUAGACACAGAUCCGGACAUUACAAUCCGUACCGUCGCGGCAAAUUUGUUAGUGGACGUUUGUCUAGAAUGUGAUACUAAGCGAUGUGUAGAACUUUUGGAUAUACUCGAAAAGAUUAUUAACAAACCUUUUACAUCAGACACUUCGGUCACUGUAGAUGCCGAUAUUAAAGAUGUAAAAACCGCUGUUGUUGGAGUUAUAAAGAUAUUUUCUUCUAAGAUUUACCGUUUACCGUCAAGUCACGCGAUUUGUGCUUACAAAGUCUUGGUGAAUCAUCUUGAACAACACUACAAAGAUCCCUCUGUUUUCCACGUAUCGACAACGCGUUAUUUAAUUUUUGAAUGCUUCCUGAAAAUCAGAGCGAACUCGUUGUAUCAUCUCGGCAUACCAGAUUCGCCAAAUGCCGCUGUGACUCGAUUCAGUCCGUAUCUUGUUUUGGAACACGGCACAACCGAACGUAUGAGUAGUGCCGGUGGAAGUAACAGUCCCCCACCAGCCAGUCCUGUGCCAAUACAACAUUUAUCUUGCAAUAUUACGUCCAUGUCGUUGACCCAUGGAUGUAAAGCCAUUAUUUCAUGCAUCAAACAAGAAAAAGAUUGGAAGAUUUUAAAUCUCAUACUAAAGGAAUUGCCUCAAGUGAUGCAGAAUAGAGCACUAGUAUUAUCUCGUCAUAGUAACGAUGUUGAUUUCUUCGCGGCCGCUUUAUGUUCAAUGGUGAGCGACAAGAGUUUGCGUCUCCCUGAAUCACUUUAUAACGUUCCGCCCAAGUUUACUCUUUCUGAUUUCCGGGUUUACGUUUUCCCGGUACUAGCAUCUCUAGCAUCGUAUCACGGGUAUUUGGAACCCAAUUUACAGCAACGAUUAAUAAAAUGUCUAGAGCUCGGUCUCACAGCAAAAUGUGCAAGCCAAUGUGUAACUAGUCUCACAAGCUGCACGUUAGAGAUGCGCGACGUAAUGAACAAACUUUUGCCUGAAGUGCUGUUGAAUUUGUCAAAAAUUUCCGCAACAGUUUACAUCGCCAUACCUAUUUUAGAAUUUCUAUCAACUCUAACCAGACUUCCAAAAGUUUUCGCCAGCUUUAUCGGAGAUCAAUACAUGUCCGUAUUUGCGAUAUCAUUGCCGUAUACGAAUCCUUUCAAAUACAAUCAUUAUACAGUGUCUUUGGCUCAUCACGUAAUUGCAGUGUGGUUCUUGAAAUGUAGACUUCCUUUCAGAAGAGAUUUUGUAAAGUUUAUUACCGUGGGUUUAAAAGCAAAUGCGAUAGUUCCCUUCGAAGAGGGAUCACAUCUAAUGAAAUCUGACUUCAGUGUCAUCAAUGAAGAUUCUUCGAACAGAAAACGUAGUUCAAGUUUGACCGAACAAGGCAGUAGAGGUCGAAGAGAAAGACCGAUAAUGACCAAUCGGAUGAUGGGAGAAAGCAGAGCUUUAGACUUGAAACCUCCGAUUGACGAAGCUCUAAUGAACUUUCAUAUUGAACUUACUGAAACUUGCAUUGAUUUAAUGGCGCGUUAUACCUUUUCUAAUUAUUCAGCUCGACCCAAAAGAUCACCAGCUGCUGAUUUUCUUCUCAAAGAGGGACAGUCAAUGACAUGGAUUCUCGGUAACAGACUCAUCACCGUGACAACAAGUGGUUGCAGUAACAAAGCUAUGCGCGGAGGACUUUGUGACAAUUGUUGGGCGGCGUGUAAAUCUGGAUUUUCGUUGCUAGAUUAUACGAAAACUUCGCAAUCGACUUUACAACGUACUUCGAGUGCUGAGACAUCGAAAGAGGACAAGUUGUCGAGGCAGUCCUCCGGCGGUCAUGGGAGUUCGAACGCAAAUACUGCCACGAAUUCUCCCACGGAAGAAUCUAAAAAAUCUACAGAAGACUCCGACUUUACGAAAAAAGAAUUUCUCGUAGAAAAGGACGACAGAGAUCAGGUUGAACCGUCAAAAUUAGAACAGAUAUUAAAUAAGGAUAAACAGGAAGAAAAUAUAUUAUGUGCCUGCUGGUGCCAAGGGUGGGCUGAAAUAUACGUGCGUAGACCGACGGGUGAUACGUCGUGGAUAAUGAGAAUUCAAAAUUCCACGCAAUUCGAAACUCCUACGGACUUUCCCGUACAUGAUAUUAUGGCCUUGUACAUGACGAAUCAAGAUACAAUUUCUAAUAAGCAACAACAAGAGGUUGUCUCGGAAUAUUCUGACGACGAGGCGGAGGAUGCGCCCAACAAAAGUAACAAUUCACAAAACGAUCAUAGUGGAAAGUCAAUGGUAUCUUCUUCCGUGUCGUCAGGUCCUAUUGCCAUACCUGGUUCGCCAGCUCGGCCUAGUCCAUCCCGGCAAAGUUCGAAGGAUAGUUUAGAAAGUCUAGAAGAAGGUGAAGAAGAUACGAGACGUUCCAGGAAUCGAGUACGUCGGUCAAAUUCUAGCCCAGAAAUGAGCGCUAAUUGGAAAAAUCCGUUCUUGAACAAAGAAAAGUUGAAUGUGCAGCAACAAGUUGAUAAAGAUUUUAGUAGCACAGACUUAGAAAUCAAACUAGAUGCGGAAUUGAAGAAACAUUCAAAAACUAUUCAUACCAAAGAUAUGAGAGUUAGUUGCGAAGCCAUACCGGAAGAAAUAUCUGGCAUGGGCACAACUCCUCCUUCCUCAGAAAAUACUGCAGAACAUCCAAGCACAUUACGGUCGCAACGCUCCUAUCCAGGAGCGACACAAAUAACACAGAAUAUUCCAACAACUAGUAGCAGUACCGUACCACCGUCUCCUACAACCGUACAGGCACCGGGAAAUUAUUUGGGAAUACAGCGAUCUGUGCAACUGCAAUCGUCUGUUGCAAAAGCACCUCAGUCGCCUACGCAAAUUUACUCUCAUAGAUUGUCCACUUUUGACUACAGUCAGAAACAGGUGCCACUGACUGUUGAAAGUAAACCGCCAAUCGGGCGAAAUCACUUUUCAGAUAAGAAAGAUGAGAGACCUGAUCCAUCUACGUUGCCACCGUUACCUAUACCUUUCCGUGACCGAGGCCAUACAAUUUCCGUUAUGAGUCCGGUAAAAAAGUCACGAGAAUGGGAUAACAUGCGAAGAGGCAAUUCUCCACGAGUGAAAGAUCCACCGCGCACAGGCAUUAAUCCGAGUUCUGUUUUCCUUCAACUUUAUCACACCGCGCAUUUCGCUACCACGACAGAAAAGCCUCUGUUGGUUCCGCAGACAACAGCAAUACAGCGCGUGGUGACCAAUCUAGAUAGAAUACAACCGUAUGAAACUCACAAGAUCGGAGUGCUGUAUGUCGGUCCGGGACAGGCCUCAAACGAAAUAGAAAUCUUAGCGAAUCAGCACGGUUCUCUUCGUUACACGGAGUUUUUGCAACGUUUGGGCACGCUAGUCCGACUCAAAAAUGUCGACGAAAACGUUUUCUUGGGCGGAUUAGACCGUAACGGCGAAAACGGAGACUUCGCUUACAUUUGGCAGGAUGAUGUCACACAGGUAGCUUUUCACGUUGCAACGCUGAUGCCUACAAAAGCGAGCGAUCCAAAGUGUACAUCUAAAAAAACACACAUUGGAAACGAUUAUGUAACCCUUAUAUAUAACGAAUCCGAUGAACCAUAUAACAUACAGACAGUCAAGGGUCAAUUUAAUUAUGCUUGUGUUGUGAUACAACCUUUGGAUCAUGGCACCAAUCAAGUUACAGUACAAGCGCGGGAGGAACUAGCGGAGCACAUUGGCCACAGCGAACCCAAGAUCACUUCCGAUCAGAACUUGGCUCUUCUUUCGGUGCAACUUGCUCUGCACGCCAAUCUUGCCUCGAUGGUUUGUUCAUCUCUGAAGCAGAAUAGUCACAAUCCGUACGCUUCUAAUUGGUUGGAACGGUUACGUCAUAUUAAACGAUUGAAAAACAGAGUUAUAAGCGAAUCCGUCAACAAUAAUCCAGAUACCACUGCGGACGAGCUGCAAAAUCCGAAAUCACCGAAAGCCAACAACCAUCAAAUCAAGGUCAAAGGAGUUUACAUGGACGAUUUUACCGAAUAUACAACAUAACUUAUACAAAAUUGUUGAUAUACUAUGGUAGUCUUGUAAUGUACGUUUGUUAAAUACUAUAAAAAAUCGAACGACAUUGAUAUAU